AAAUGAACAGAUUCUGUGAUUAUAAAUCUUGUCAAUACUUCAUUAAAUAACCUACAAUAGAACAAAGAUCCAAACUGAAUAAGGUGAUGUGUCCGUUAUGUAUGGGUGCUAACUAUUGUAGUACCCGAUGUAGAGAUCUUGAUUGGUAAAUUAUUAUAUGUUAUUAAUUACUAAGGCCAAUAUAUCACAAAGAGAUAUGCAAAAAAUCUCAGCCAGAUAGAGCACGAUCUUGUAAUGAUACAAUUGAUUCUUGUUCAACAACAAGUGUGAGAAGAAGACCUGAAGAGUUUGAAAUCAUUAUGAUUGGGAGCAAGUAAGAAUUAGGCAGAGGAUCAUAUGGGUCGGUUAAAUUAGUCAAAGACAAACAGAAUGGCCAAUUGUAUGCAAUGAAAAUUGUAUGAUAUUUUUCAAAAUUUGUAGAUGAAUAAGAGAUAAGUUUUUGAAUAUUGUUCAGUAGAAAACCUUAAAAGGGAAAUAAAAAUACAACGCAAAUUAGUUCAUCCUCAUAUUUGCAAAUUGCACCAUUAUUUUGAGGAUAAGGAAAAUGUUUACUUAAUACUUGAAUAUGCAUGUAUAAUGUUUAUUAAAUAGAAAAUGGAUCUCUUUUUAAUUACAUUAAAAAACGAUCUAAAUUACCUGAGAAUGAAGCAUUUGUCUACUUCUUUUAAACUUGUUUGGGAAUAGAUUAUCUACACAAAAAUAAGAUUAUCCAUAGAGAUCUUAAACCAGAGAAUUUGCUAUUAGAUCACGAUGGUAAUGUGAAGAUAUGUGAUUUUGGUUGGAGUGCUGAAAGUCUAACGGAGAAAAGGAUGACUUUUUGUGGUACUUAUGAAUAUAUGGUAUAAUAAUUUAUCGAAAGAAUUAGGCACCUGAAAUGUUAAAUAAACAACCACAUGAUUUCAGUCUAGAUGUUUGGAGUUUAGGAAUUUUAUUAUAUGAAUUAUUGCAUGGAAAUGCACCCUACAGAGGGAGGAAUAAUGAGGAAUUAGGAAAUAAAAUAAAAUCUGGAUAGCCCAUCAAUUUUGCAUCAACAUUAUCAAAUGACGUUAUUACUCUUAUCAAAGGAAUACUUAAAUAUAUUCCUGGAGAGCGUUUAACAAUGGAUUAAAUCUUUGAUCAUCCAUGGAUGGUUAAGCAUGCUACUAGUUACAACAUUGAUAUUUGGACUUUUGUUUAUAAAACAUAAUAUCCUACUAGACAAAUUCCUACUGCUAAUUUUCAAUAGAAAUAGAAGGUUAUUGAGAUCCAAAAAAAAGAUCCGAUAGCCAGACCGAUUUCAUAAGAUUACAACAAAUAUAAAGAAUAGCCAAUAAAUAAUAAUGCAACUAAUUACAAAGCUUAUUAAAAUGACUAUAAUAACAAUAAAUAAGAAGACUUUAAUAAACCGAGAAUCAGUAGAGUUUCUAAUAGGAAUGAGAUUAUGAUGCAUCAACAUUAAUUGCAAUAAUAAUAAUAAGAAGAGAAGUUAUCUUUUAUGGACAGAGUGUUUCUAGCAUUUGGAUGUUUGAAUAGAGAGAAAAAAUGA